AUGAUCACGUUCUCCAAAGAUUUCAGAAGACUAUUCUAUGUGUCCUCUUGUAUUCUUCUUCUUGUUCAAUUUACUCUUUAUUGUGUUUCUAUAAACUUAUCUGUUGAUUCAGAAGCAUUUAAGGAUGAUAAUAUUAAGUCAUCACUGAAACUAUCAUUCUCAGAGGAUAUUAUAGAGCUUCUUAUAGAUAAGCAAAGCCACAAAAAUGAAAUAUCAACUACAUAUAGAAAUCUACUACAGAAAUAUUCUCUACACUUAAAUGAACUUGGUAUUAAAGAAAAGUGUCAGCUCUAUUUCAGUGAGCUCUAUCAAAACGAUCCAAAUUGGAGUAAUGGUGCUUACAAAGACUCUUUUUACGACUCUGAUGUAUUUAACAAAAAUUAUUACUUCCUUAAACAUAAAGAAGAGCUUAUCCAGGGAAAGAUAUCACAAAAUCCGUCAGACGUCAGAGAAAGUUAUGACGGUUAUCUUGUUGAGGAUGACUACCUUAUGUUGGAGAAUAAUUAUAGAGAAGAUCUUAGAAAGACAUUAGAAACAGAGCAAAAGUAUGUUGAUGCAAUAACUAAUAGCAGAGUCUUUAGUAGAUGUUACUUACUGGAAAGGGAUUCUAACGACGGGCCGGUCAAUUUCAAUGACUUGAGGGUUAUUGAAUCCCUUAACGGAAAACUUGCAAGGAAAAAUCUCCCUCUCAUUGAGGUAGACAAAGAUAUUCUUGAACAUAGUGUUAUUGGUGAAAGUAAAUUCCAAGAUAUUGAAUCAAGGGUUUUUCCUUUCAUCAGCGGUCAUUUGCCCAUUUAUCUUAGAUGGAAUGGUGAUACUCAUUGGGGAAUCCCGAAUAUUAAUUCUCGCCAAUCAAAAUCUUCUCACAAUAAUAACAAGGCUUUUCUGAAAUCUAAAUGCUUCCUACAGAAUUUCAAAGAUUCGAUAUCAGAUAAAGGUAUUGUCAUUACUGGGUCUGAUAGAGAAGUUGAAGACAUUAUUAAUCUCAUUAGACUUCUUAGAGGACUUGAUAAUGAACUACCAAUACAAAUUAUUCAUAGAGGUGAUAUAUCAAGGGAAAAUCAGCACAGAAUCAUUAGAGUCUCCCGGAAAAAACUCAAACUUGAUAAAUCCAUAUUUGCUAAAAUUCCACUAGCGAGUUUACGAACAAGCUUUAGAAAACAAGAAAUUUGGUUUGUCAACGUUUCUGCAUCAAUAAAACCUGAAUAUCUAGAAUUCUUUGGUGGGUUUUAUAUGAAAUUUCUUGCAUAUUUUUUUAGCUCUUUUGAAGAAAUCAUUCUUUUAGAUUCUGAUGCUGUUCCACUAAUCAAACCUUCCGACUUUUUCAAUUCGUCGCCCUACAAAAAAUCAAAUACGAUUUUCUUCAAAGACAGGAGCUCGGUGGAGCUUUUGAUGGAACAUGAUGUGGUUUUCUUUAAAAAAUUGUUGCCAACUAUCGUGGAUGAAACCAUAUUUGGUAUUCCAAAAUCAACUUCCAAGACUCUUCUGAAUAAUUUUUUCGCUAAAAAAUAUAAACAUUCAAUGGAAGCUGGACUCAUUGGAAUUAAUAAAAAGAAGAAAUUUAAUAGCAUUUUGUCAUUAUUACAAUUACAAGUUUGGACUCCUGCUAACAGGAGAGUUUGGGGUGAUAAGGAAUUAUUUUGGCUAAGUUUGUCGAUUGUUGGUGAUGAAAAUUACGAAUUCAACAAGCAUGAUGCGGUUAGUGUUGGCAGUGCUACAAUAGAGGAUUUGGCUGAGGAGCAUUCUGAAACUGAUCACAGUAACCAGUCUGAAUACACAAAAAAAGUGAAGGUUUGCUCAAGUCACCCUGGGCACAUUUCUGGUGAUGAUGAUUUUACUCUUUUGUGGUUCAACUCUGGAUUCAAAGUUUGUAAGAAACAAACCUGGCAAAAUGAUAUUGAGAAUGUUCCAAGACUCAAAGAGGAAUUUUCUGGUAAUGUCACUCUUUUGAAAGAGUACUAUAAAUCAAAUAUGAAAAUUAAUAAUGUGUUACUACCAAGUGAUAAUAUGUAUAAGAAACUAGAGAAACACUCUUCUGAGCCAUCCCAAGAAAAGUACAAAGAAGAAUCUGGUUGGAAGUUAUCCUAUGAAUGUGGUGCUUAUAAUUGGUGUGCAAGUGAGUUUAUUAAUGAAAAAGGAGAAUUGAAGAACUCUGAAGCAUUACUUAUUGAAUAUGAUAGCAGUUUGACCGACCUAUAUGACUAUUAUGGAAAAUUGUGGGUUUCGAAUAAUGAUCUUGAUGGAAACUCAGAUAGACUUAUUGAAGUUGGUUGA